ACGCAGCCUUGCUGAAGGCUGUUUCUUACGGGUCGACUGGCGCGGCCACAAUGUCGAAGCGUCAAGUAAACACCUUCGUCCAGGCCAGCGACGACACGCAGACGAGCAUGAAGAAAUCAAACUGCAUUUACAAAUAUGUGCUCGUUGGCCAGGAGCUUUCUGAGAAGCUCCGUGGUCAAAGGAUGCUUCGGUGCAUGUUCUGCGGGAACGACUGGCAGGGGAACAGGCAUGGGGCGGCGCGACAUUUUCGUAGCGUAAAGGGAUGUUCGCAGGUGACCGACGAAGCUCUUAUGGAGAUGCAUUACACGAGCGGUUACGCAUUUGAGGGAAAGUGGUUGGAGCUUAUCCACCAGUACGAGGAGCUUCACGGUCCUUGGGUGGACGAGAGGAGGACAAACGGGGGUCAGGCGCAGGCGCGGGCGACAUCCAACGCCGCAGUCGGAGCACGACAACAGGACGAUGACGUCGUCGAUUUGGAUGGCGAGGGAGAGGAUUGCGGGGCCGCAGGGGUUGAGGGGGAGGUCGAGGCUGCAUACUCACAGCGCCUAGGCAAGCUGCCGAUCGAUGAGGGUGGUUCGAAUUCAGGGAAGAGGAAGGAUGUGGUUGGUGCGACGAUGCAGCAGGGGAAGAAGAUGAGGCAGCCGACGAUAAAAGAGGUGUUCGGGUCUGACUGGGAUGCUCAACACAGGAAGUUGUGGUUGCGCUUCGUGUACAACAACCAGCUUCCCUUCAACAUCUUUUGGAGCCCGACGUGGAAGGCAUACACUGCACACUUCAGGGACAAACCUGCUUCAGUCCCCAUGGUUUGGCUUUCUGAAAACGAAGUCGCAUCGAUGGACACAGUGCUUGAGACGGCGACGGACGUUGUUGCGGUUCUCAAAGACAUACAGGAGCCGUUUGACCGCACAGGGGCGACGAUCAUGUCCGAUGGUAGGAAGUCUCGUAAUGGGAAACCCAUCGUGAACUUCCUUGCAGCUGGUGCUCGAGGAGUGAUGAUGUAUCGCACCUUCAACAGGGAGGGUGAGAAAGAUGAUGCGCUCGCAAUGUUGGGGAGGUGGAUAUCAGUUUUGCACGACUUCGGUCCCGACAGGGUUAACGUCAUUUGCACAGACUCUGCGUUUGUCUACGUAAAGGCAGGCAACGCUUUGGCCCAUCCUCACAUGCGGCCUGAGUACAGACGGAUUACGUGGCUUCCCUGUGCAGCGCAUGUGUGCAACAAAUUGUUGUCGGACAUCGGGACAGCGGGCCCGUGUUGCGAAGGUCUUUGCUUUUUCAGCAGCAAAGGAUGCGACGCUGUACCCAUCGGAGGACAAUUUUUUCACGGCACUGCAAACAACUGCCAAAUUGAUAGGAGAACAUGCCGAGAAAGGACUAAAGUUGCACGUGGCAACGAACGGAAUCCGAGCUGUGAUCGGGGAAUGCAAUCGGAUUAUGACAACGGUCCGAGGGGAGAUAUCAUGGCAAUUGAAGCAUUGGUUUUGGGCCGAAAAAGGUCUGACGCUGGUCCGGUCAGCUCAAACGGAUCACCAACUUCCGACUCGCAACAGGAUGCGGGCACAGAUGAAGGGGGACACAACAUGGAGAAGGAGAGGCAAUUAUCCGUGGGGUGCUCCUCCUUUCAAGACAGCACUGACAAAAGUUUUUCAAAUGAGAAGAGAUGCGAUCAACCUUGGCGUAACGUUGCAGCAACUUGCAUUUGCGGAGCUGGUACUAAAAAGUGAAGUCGAGCAGACAGCAAAGACCAGUAAAGCCGCGGACCAAAU